CCGAAACCCCGGUCCGUAUUUCGGCGAUGGCGUUUCCGGCUCCCCGGCCUCAGGCUCCGCGCUUCCCGAGCCAGCGGCUCCGGACUUUCCCGUGCGGACAGGGGGCUGUCCGGGCCGUUCGCUUCAACGCGGAUGGUAAUUACUGUCUAACCUGCGGCAGUGACAAAUCCCUAAAACUGUGGAAUCCACAUCGAGGAAUUCUUCUAAAGACCUACUCUGGCCAUGGAUACGAGGUUCUAGAUUCUGCUGGCUCCUGUGAUAAUAGCCAGAUCUGCUCAUGUGGAGCCGAUAAAACUGUCAUCCUGUGGGAUGUGGCGACGGGACAGCUGGUCCGGAAAUUCCGGGGUCAUGGAGGGAAAGUGAACUGUGUUCAAUUCAACGAGGAGUCAACUGUCAUUGUUUCAGGUUCCAUCGACACCUCGAUUCGAUGCUGGGACUGUCGCUCUCGGACAUCGGAGCCCAUUCAAAUCUUAAAUGAAGCGAAGGAUGGGAUUUCCAGUGUGAAAGUUUCAGACCAUGAAAUUCUGUCAGGGUCUGUUGAUGGGCGGGUUCGGAGAUAUGAUCUACGGAUGGGACAGCUGUUUGCAGAUUUCAUUGGAAGUCCGAUAUCAAGUGUGUGUUUCAGCAGGGAUGGUCAGUGUUCGCUCAGCUCUAGCCUGGAUUCCACACUGCGCCUGUUGGAUAAGGAGACUGGGGAGCUCCUUGGCGACUAUACAGGACACAAGAACACAGAGUACAAGCUGGAUUGUUGCUUCAAUGAGUCUGACACACACGUGGUGAGCGGUUCCGAGGAUGGGCUUGUCUAUUUCUGGGAUCUGGUCGAGGGAUCCUGUGCUGUCACUCUACCCGUUGGGAAGGGUGUAGUGCAGUCACUGAGCUACCAUCCCACGCAGUCCUGUUUGCUCACUGCCAGCCAGGGUGCUGUCCAGCUCUGGGGAGAUGAGAGCUAUGAGGCAGACACACAGAGCACCUCUUGACCAUCACCAGGCCCACGUAUUUUGUCACAGUCACUGGUUACAGGGGCUAAAGGGCAGGACAGAAGCUCUCUCUGAGCCUCACUCCAAACAAGCAUGUGGAGAGAUGAAAUCAAAGAGUGAGCCACACAUUCACAACCAGGACGAUGAUGGGGAUAACACCACAAGGACUCUUCAUCUAUCUUUGAGAAUCUCUUGUUCAUGUUUUUUUUUAAUUGUUUUUU